CUAGCUAUGGUGAAUUCAGGAGCCAUGAAACCCAUGGCUGAAACGAUCAAAUAAGUUAUUCGUUGUGGUUGCUACCCUCACUGGAUGUAUAUAAUGACAAGUGUUAUAGGCGAUGCAUUGGAUACCUGGUGAAGGAAGGCAAAUGACGUCUUCGGCGGUCUAAUCCAGGAAUCGGUCGAUUAGUGCAAGAAAAGUGGAAGAUUGUGUCAAUGGACGCUUGUGUGGUGCUUCACAUCGCUUUUAUUUUUUCACUGGAGGUGAAAAAGUAGGCCGGACCCUGUCUAAGGAUUGCUCUUGCAAGUCCUAACAUUUCAUGAUUUGGGUAUUUGGUCUAAGACAAAAGCAAUAAUGUCGACGAGCAGCCCCGAAGCCGUGAAGAAAUUGCUCGAGAACAUGCAAACGGAUUUGCGGUCCCUGUCAAUGGAAUGCAAGAAAAAAUUCCCCCCAGUGAAAGAGGCUGCCGAGUCCGGGAUUGUGAAGAUCAAAACCAUUGCAGCAAGGAAUACAGACAUCCUAGCAGCCCUGAAGGAGAACAGUUCUGAGGUGGUGCAGCCGUUCCUGAUGGGGUGCGGUACUAAGGAGCCUAAGAUCACCCAGCUGUGCCUGGCAGCCAUCCAGAGACUCAUGUCCCACGAGGUGGUUUCAGAGGGGGCCGCGGGGAACAUUAUCAACAUGCUGUGGCAGCUGAUGGAGAAUGGCCAGGAGGAGUUGAAGCUACUGCAGACAGUACUGGUACUGCUCACAACCAAUACUGUAGUGCACGACGAGGUGUUAUCUAAGGCCAUCGUGCUGUGUUUCCGCCUUCACUUCACCAAGGACAACAUCACCAACAACACCGCGGCCGCCACCGUGCGACAGGUCGUCACCGUGGUCUUCGAGAGGAUGGUGGCGGAGGAUGAGCGCUUUAAAGGUAUGGCUGAGGAGCCUCCCCCAGUCCAAGGGAACAGCAAUCGCCGCUCAGUGAGCACGCUGCGGCCCAGCGCUAAGGACGCCUACAUGCUGUUUCAGGACUUGUGUCAGCUGGUGAACGCCGAUGCCCCCUACUGGCUGGUGGGCAUGACUGAGAUGACGCGCACCUUCGGCCUGGAGCUGUUGGAGUCUGUACUGAACGACUUCCCAGGAGUCUUCCUGCAGCAUCAGGAGUUCAGCUUCCUGUUGAAGGAGCGCGUGUGUCCGCUCGUCAUCAAGCUCUUCUCGCCCAACAUCAAGUUCCGUCAGGGCAGCAGCAGCGGGAGCGGCGUGGGCAGUGGGGCAUCUCCGGCCCCCGUUGAGAAGCCUUACUUCCCCAUCUGCAUGAGGUUGCUGAGGGUCGUCUCCGUACUCAUCAAACACUUCUACAGCCUACUGGUAACGGAGUGUGAGAUCUUCCUGUCUCUCCUGGUGAAGUUCCUGGAUGGGGAGAAACCUCAGUGGCUGAGAGCGGUGGCUGUGGAGUCCGUUCACAGACUGUGUGUCCAGCCCCACCUACUACGGUCUUUCUGCCAGUCGUACGAUAUGAAGCCUCAUUCCACCAAGGUGUUCCGGGACAUAGUCAACGCGCUGGGCUCCUUCAUCCAGUCCCUCUUCAUCCUCCCCAACGCAGGAAACCCAGCAAACGCCAACGCCGUCGCCGGUGGUUCUGGUUCUGCGGGCCAGACAGCAGUGGCGGGGGGGCAGGGCGUGGCGGGGGCGGGGGGCAACCUGACGACGCAGGCGGCCUUCGAGUACCGCGGCACCUGGAUCCCCCUCAUGACCGUCAGUGUGCAGGGCAGCGCCAAAGCCACCUAUCUGGAAAUGUUGGAUAAGGUGGAGCCUCCCUCGAUCCCCGAGGGCUAUGCCAUGUCGGUGGCGUUCAGCGCGCUGCUAGACCUGGUGCGCGGCAUCACCUCCAUGAUCGAGAGGGAGCUGACGAAGGAGGAGGAGGCGGCGGCCGCAGCAGAGGAGGAGAAGGAGGACAGACAGAAGGGAGAGGAGGACCCCGACGCCUCGAACCAAAGCCCACCAGAGCCAUUGGCCCAUCAGGUGUGGGAGGAGAUGGUCAACGCCUGCUGGUGUGGCCUUCUAGCGGCCCUCUCCCUGCUGCUGGAUGCCAGUACGGACGAGGCGGCGACGGAGAGCAUCCUGAAGGCGGAGUUGACGAUGGCGUCGCUGUGCGGGCGGCUGGGGCUGGUGACGCCGCGAGACGCCUUCAUCACAGCUAUCUGCAAGGCCUCUCUGCCCCCCCACUACGCCCUCACAGUACUCUCCAGCAACAACACCGCCCUCUCCAACAAGAGCUACUCCAUCCAGGGUCAGAGUGUCCAGAUCAUCAGCCCCUCCAGCGAGUCCCACCAGCAGGUGGUAGCAGUGGGCCAACCCCUUACUGUGCAGCCCCAAGGGACCGUGGUGCUGACAGCCAAAAACAUCCAGUGUAUGCGGACGCUGCUGAACUUGGCUCAUUGCCAUGGGGCUGUUCUGGGCACCUCAUGGCAACUGGUCCUCGCAACACUACAGCACCUGGUGUGGAUAUUGGGCUUGAAACCAGGGGUCGGAGGGGUGCUGAAGCCAGGUCGCGCAGUGGAGGGACCAAGCACCGUCUUGACCACGGCGGUGAUGACAGAUCUGCCCGUCAUAUCCAACAUCCUCUCCCGGCUCUUCGAGAGCUCCCAGUACCUGGACGAUGUUUCGCUGCAUCAUCUGAUAAACGCCCUCUGCUCUUUGUCAAUGGAGGCCAUGGAGAUGGCGUACGGGAACAACAAGGAGCCCUCCCUCUUUGCGGUGGCCAAGCUCUUAGAGACAGGUCUGGUCAACAUGGACCGCAUCGAGAUCCUGUGGAGACCCCUCACAGCGCACCUCUUGGAGGUGUGUCAGCACCCCAAUGCGCGCAUGAGAGAGUGGGGGGCCGAAGCCGUCACCUCCCUCAUCAAAGCCGGCCUCGCCUACAAACACGAACCCCCGCUCUCCCAGAACCAGCGGUUGCAGCUGCUGCUCCUGAACCCCCUGCGUGAGCUCUCCAACGUGCUGCAUGGUGACAUACGGCAGAAGCAGCUGGAGUGUGUACUGCAGAUCCUGCAGAGCCAGGGGGACAGCCUGGGGCCCGGGUGGCCCCUCGUCCUCAACGUCAUAGGGGCCAUACGCAACGACCAGGGGGAGUCGUUAAUCCGAACAGCCUUCCAGUGUCUGCAGUUGGUGGUCACUGACUUCCUUCCCACGAUGCCUUGCACCUGCCUCCAGAUUGUAGUGGGCGUGGCCGGCAGCUUCGGCCUGCAGAACCAGGAACUCAACAUCAGCCUCACCUCUAUUGGCCUUCUGUGGAACAUCUCGGACUACUUCUUCCAGCGCGGGGAGGCCAUCACGGACGAGCUGGAGCGGGAGGAGGCAUUGCUCCAGAAGCAGGCGCAGGAGAAAGGGGAGCCCCUGAACCGGCCCUUCCACCCCGCGCCGCCCUUCGACUGCCUCUGGCUCUGCCUGUACGCCAAGCUGGGCGAGCUGUGCGUGGACCCGCGGCCCGCCGUACGCAAGAGCGCCGGCCAGACGCUGUUCUCCACCAUCGCGGCCCACGGCACUCUGCUGCAGCAGCCCACCUGGCACAUCGUCAUCUGGAAGGUGCUGUUCCACCUGCUGGACUGCGUGCGGAGGUCCUCCACUACGGCCGACAAGGAGAAGAUCGAGUCGGGCGGCGGCAACAUCCUCAUCCAUCACUCGCGCGACACCGCAGAGAAGCAGUGGGCGGAGACAUGGGUGCUGACGCUGGCCGGGGUGGCACGCAUCUUCAACACCCGGAGAUAUCCACUGCAACAGCUGGGAGACUUCUUCAAGGCGUGGGAGGUGCUUCUGGACCACAUCCAGUCGGCGGCGCUCAGUAAGAACAACGAGGUCUCUCUGGCGGCCCUCAAGAGCUUCCAGGAGAUCUUGCAGAUCGUGACGCCCGUCAAGGACGCCGACAAGCAGCCGGACGCGCUGGCGGCCAUGGGCGUGCCCGCGGUGCUGGUGGACCCGGUUCUGGGGGGCCCGGGGGGCAGGCCCCUGCUGAGGUCCGACUCGCUGGCCGAGCGCCUGGCCCAGCGCUACAUGAACAGUGCCCAGGCUCCGCCCAUGCUACCCCCGGAGGAUGCGGUGGAGCUGGACGACUCGGCGCUGUGGUGGUCGGCGUGGAACACAUGGUACCGUACGGGCACCGAGUGCACACGGCCGCCCCCGCCCGGCUCCGACGCCAAGCCCUCCUUCAUCCCCAGCCAACCCUUCCUUACCGCCCUCGUGCAGAUCUUCCCCGCUCUCUACCAGCACGUCAAGAGUGGAUUCAGCAUGGAGGAUCUGCGUAAGCUGGGUGUGAUUCUGCAUGGUGCCGUGUCUGUGCCCAUCAGCUCCGACGCCUCCCCCUUCAUCCUGCCCUCCUAUACUGAGGCUGUUCUCACCAGCCUACAGGAGGCCGUACUCACCGCACUGGAUGUAUUGCAGAAGGCCAUCUGCGUGGGUCCUGAGUCGCUGCAGGUGAUGUAUCCGGCCAUCUUCGAGCAGCUGCUGCUCUUCGUGGAGUUCAGUUGUAAACCCCCGCAGUACGGCAAGAUGGAAACCAAACACGUGGCCAACGCCAAAUACAACCAGAUCCAACUGUUUGCACCGGCUGAGUGGGUGGCCUUAAACUACGUGCCGUUUGCGGAGCGUUCUCUGGAGGUGGUGGGGGACCUGUACCAUAAGACCGCCUGCCACAAGGCCGUCAUCCAGGAGAAGGUCCUGCAGAACAUCAUCAAGACCCUGCGUAUGCCGCUGGGUUUAAAGUAUGCGUGCCCUGCGGAGAGCACCUGGAAGCUGGCGGUGUCGUCCCUGCUGAAGGUUCUGUCCAUCGGCCUCCCAGUCGCCCGGCAACACGCCUCCUCCGGACGCUUCGACACCAUGUGGCCCGAACUGGCCGGUGCCUUCGAGGAUUUCCUCUUCACCAAAAGCACGCCUCCAGACAACGUGUCCAUCCAGGAGUUUCAGAAGAAUGAGGCAAUCGAUGUGGAGGUUGUGCAGCUGAUCAGUUCUGAGAUUUUGCCGUUUGCCAACUUCAUCCCCAAAGAGUUCGUGGGCCAGAUCAUGGCAAUGCUCAACAGAGGCUCCAUACACUCCCAGUCAUCCUCCUUUACCGAGGCGGAGAUCGAGGUGCGCAUGCGUGAGGAUUUCUCCAAGGUGUGUUUCGAGACGCUGCUGCAGUUCUCCUUCAGCAAUAAGGCCUCCACACCACAAGAGGGCUACAUCUCCCGUAUGGCUCUCUCCACACUGCUGCAGCGCGCACAAGACGUCCUGCGCAGAUACGUCGAGGAUGAACGGCUCAGCGGACGAUGCCCCCUACCCAGGCAACAAGUCACGGAAAUCAUCUUUGUGUUGAAAGCCGUCAGUACGCUCAUGGACUCACUAAAGAAGACCCAGCCGGAGAACGUGGACGGGAACACCUGGGCUCAGGUGAUAGCUCUGUACCCGACGCUGGUGGAGUGCAUCACCUGUUCGUCCCCGGAGGUCAGCUCGGCCCUCAAGGAGGCCCUGGGGCCCUUCAAAGACUUUAUGCAGCCCCCCGUGUCCAAAGUGCAGAACGGGGAGUCCUGACCGGCCCUCGGCCCCCCAGCUCCCCGGACGCUCCCUCCUCACCUCCUCGGCCUGGGAGCCACAAGAGGAAGAGGAGGAGGAGGAGGAGGAGGAGGAGGAGGACUUUUUAAUGAUCAUUAACAGAGGGGGUUAAAAACCAACCCCACAAACAAACAUUAAGUGAUAUGAAGUGAAAUGAGAGGAGCGACGGCGAUAAAAAGAUGAAUUUGUCCUUGCGCUCUCUACACCACACGCCACAGGAGCGGAGAGGGCAGACUCUUGAUGUUCCCACCAGUUCCAUUUGAAGGACAGUAACCCAUAGCAACCAAUGGAUGUGGCGAAUGGUAUUGAACGCACCGCGCCGCGAUCAAGGAGGUUUGACCUUCAUCCCUCAUAAGCUUCUCGAACACAUCGAUGACUCUACCCAUCCAUCUUGCCUUGGCUGGACUCACAGUUGAUUAACUGCUACAGUACAUUUGCAGUGGGGAUUUUUUUUUUCAUUUAUUUUUCUGCUAAGAGGAGUUGAUGUACAGUGUGUGUGUGUGGUGAUAUGUGUUGAUGAUGUAAGUAAGAAUGAAUGAAUGAUCAGGUCUGGGCUUUAUUCAUCUUUUAAAAUGCAGGAGGGAGUGAAAAUACAACAAGCGAACAAAGACGUGUGAAGGAAGAAUGGGUUUUUUGUUUUGUUUUUUUGAAUGGACAUUUCCUGAUUUUAUGCAAGGUCUUUCUGUAACAUUCCAUGUCAUCUUCAGUCCGCUUCAGGAGGGGUGUACUUGUGUGUUUCAAAAUAAAAGAAAAAAAAAAAAAGCUCUACAAUCUUGUCGGCUGAUUGAGAUGGUGACAUCCAUUCAGGUCCCCCCCAAUGUGGUCCAUCUUCCAUUCCCUGCUGUCAGCUCAGCAAUUAAAUGUAGAAAUGAUUGAAGAAUUCCUUAGGAUCGCUGCAUCCUGUGGAGGGAUAAAUGAAAGUGAAAGCCCAAAUGGGAAAUUCCAACUUCCAUUGUACCGGUAAUUGUGACACAGCACUCCACAGCACACAAGU